UAAAAACUUUACUACCGUGGUUCAUGCCUUCAUUUCCCUCAGUCUCUUCGUCCGCCACAGCCAAACGUUGCUCAUCGCCAACGGAGCUUCUCCACUACAAAGUACAAACUUUUUUCUUCCUUCGUCCUCCAGGCUCCAUCACCAUCAUCCUUCCACUGCACAAUCAAACGCAACAUGAGAGUAGAAUUAGGGUUAAAGUUAAGAUCCCGCUUAGUGUUCCCUUGCCCAGCCACCUCACGCUCGCCUCCUCUUUUCUUCCACCUGUAAAACCCAUCUUCUCACCACCCCUCCUUGUCCCCUUUACGGAAACCUCCCCUUCACCACCGGUCCACCACAUCUUCGUUGAUACGUGGUCGUUCUUCUGGACAUCGAGAAACCUGUCUCUCGAUUCAUCUGGUCGCAUCCAUCACGCUCUGGCCGAUCGAUCUCGUUGCACCCAUUACCAUCACUCUUAUCGAUCUUCAAAGGUUAUUCCACCAGGCACUAUAAAUCUGCUAUCAUCAAAUAAUGGAUGCCUUCUUGGAGGAAUUUGAGCAUCUUAAAAUCCGACUGGAAGAUAUAAAGUCAGCCACAUACAAUUUUGAUAUGAGCAACAUUAUCGGAAAAGGUGGAUUUGGGAUGGUGUACAAAGGAGUACUCUCUCACUUUAAGGAACAAAACACAGUUGCCUUUAAACGUCUAGAUCGUAACUUUGGGCAAGGAGACCCUGAGUACUGGAGAGAGAUCCUCAUGCUUUCCCAUUACACACAUAAAAACCUCAUCACUCUCAUGGGAUUUUGCGAUGAGGAUGGUGAGAAGAUCCUUGUGUAUGAGUAUGCAUCACGUGGAAGCCUCGAUCGCCAUCUGAGUAGCAAUACUCUCACUUGGAGGCAACGUCUCAAGAUAUGUGUUGAGGCUGCAAUGGGACUGUGCUAUCUUCAUGAUCCCAACGGGACACAACACAGAGUUAUCCACCGAGAUAUUAAAAGUUCCAAUAUCCUACUUGAUGAGAAUUGGAACGCUAAAAUUUCUGACAUGGGAUUAUCGAAAAUAGGACCAGCUAAUCAGCAACACAGCUUUCUUGCCACCAAUGUUGUAGGUACCUUUGGGUACAUAGAUCCGACGUAUGCGGAGAAGAGCAUCUUAACAAAAGAGUCUGAUGUGUAUUCUUUUGGUGUGGUCUUAUUUGAAGUGUUGUGUGGGAGACUAUGCUUUGUGAAUAACAAUGGUCAUUUUGAGUGUUUAGUGGGAAUGUGGAAAAAAAGCUACAAACAAAAGAAAGUAGAUGCCAUUAUGUUUGAAGAUCUGAAACAAAACAUGGAUCCAGAUUCUUUGGAAAUAUUUUCAGACAUUGCCUAUCAAUGUUUGCAAAAAUCUCGUGAAGGACGGCCAAAGAUGUUACAUGUUUUGGAACAGCUUGAGACCGCACUUUGCUCUCAGGAGAAGUUUGAAGAGGCGAAACAAGCAAUGGACUAUGAAGAGGAACUAAAGGUGUUUCUCUCUCAAGGAAUCUCCGCUAACGGGGACGGAAUGCAAGCAGCAUGCUUGGAUUUCAGGAAGCUGAAACACGGGUGCGAGCAUUACCGUAGGCGAUGCAAACUCUGUGCUCCUUGCUGCAACAAGGUAUUUUGGUGCCACCAUUGCCACAACAAUUAUACCAGUGCGUUAAACGACCCCAAGGAAAGGCACAAUAUUGUCCGGGGGGAUGUUCAGCAAGUUGUUUGUAUAAUUUGCAAUACGGAACAGCCAGUUGAUCAGAUUUGUGGUAAUUGUGGAGUGAAAAUGGGGGAAUAUUUUUGCGGAAUUUGCAAGCUGUUUGAUGAUGAUACUUCAAAACAGCAAUUUCAUUGUAAUGAUUGUGGGAUAUGCAGACUCUAUGGUCGUGAAAACUACUAUCAUUGCGACAAGUGUGGAUGUUGCUAUGCAAAUGACAUGCGUGGUUCCCACACUUGUGUGGAGAACGCAACAAAAAUUGAAUGCCCGGGAUGCCAUGAGUAUCUCUUUGAAUCGAGUAAGAUUAUUACAUUGAUGUAUUGUGGACAUACUAUACAUGUGGAUUGCUACUCCGCGAGGUUGAGAAAAUAUAUAACCAGCUGUCCUAUAUGCAAAACUUCGUCCCUUUUGGACAAGAAGGUAGCCAGGAUUAAACAAGGAGAUUGAUUAACUCUUGUCACUCAUUUGGAAGAGGAUGUGUUAUAUGGCCACCUCAGCCUACCGACUUUCACCAAAAAUUGUAUCAGCUUUGCAUUUUUGUUCCUAAUUUGUAAUAGAAGAGUGCAACGAGGAAAAUAAUUUGUAUUUUGGCUAAACCAUAGUACUGGAUCAUGAUAGAUGGAUCAAAAAAUAAUGGCUAAUAUUACUUAUGGAUGCAAAGCUAUUAUAGAAGCCACACCUUGAGUGGCGGAGCAAGAAAUUUUGAUAGAGGUGGGG